GAAAAAUCGCUUUGCGCGCCGGUAGCUCGCGGCGUUCGUCGCUGCCGCGGAGACCGAUCAUUCAACUCGAUUCAAAGACUGCAUAACGUGAACUUCAACUCUGAAGAACGUUUUAAUGGUGAAGAAAACAAUAUUUUACCUAAGAACUGAUGUUAGGAUUCUGAGUUUCUGUGCAGCAAUGGAUAGCAAUGAUGUACCCACAUAUUCCUAAAGCAGACCAUGGAGCCGAGUUCCUUUCAUCCAAUUAAGUGCUAAUGAAAUUGUUCAGUACCACCAAGGCAAUGCAGAUCCAUGAAUUUGGGUUUGGGGCAGGUUUCCAUUAAAUCAGCUGGCAAUGUCUAUGAUCUUAUCUGCCUCCGUGGUCCGUGUGAGGGAUGGACUCCCACUCUCUGCCUCUACAGAUUGUGAACAGAGUACAGGUGUGCAGGAGUGUAGGAAAUAUUUUAAAGCGCUCUCAAGGAAACUUGCUCAGCUUCCCGACAGAUGUACGCUGAAAACGGGGCAGUAUAACAUAAAUUUUAUUAGCUCUCUAGAAGUGAGCUACAUGAUGUUGUGCACUGAAAAUUACCCCAGUGUCCUGGCUUUCUGCUUCCUGGAUGAGCUUCAGAAGGAGUUCAUCACCACCUACGAUAUGCUGAGGACAAAUACUGCCAUCCGACCAUACUGUUUCAUAGAGUUUGAUAAUGUUAUCCAAAGGACCAAGCAGAGAUAUAACAACACGCGGUCUCUAUCAACAAAGAUAAAUCUUGCUGACAUGCAGAUGGAAAUCAAGCUGAGACCACCUUGUCAAAUUUCUCUGUCUGAAUUAGGUUCAGCUAAUGGAUUUGUGCAUUUAUCUGCUGUAGAAUUUAAGGGUACCGGUAAGAUACCUGCUGCUCCUCAUCAGCGACUGGAACCCUUGACUUUGCCAGGGAUUGUCUCAUUUAUACUUAGCCUGUUAUGCGGGGCUUUGAAUUUAAUUCGAGGCUUUCAUGCCAUAGAAAGCCUUCUGCAGAACGAGGGGGAAGAUGUCAGUUAUGUCAUUGCAUUUUUCCUUGGAACAGCAGCCUGCUUGUACCAGUGUUAUUUAUUUGUGCAUUACACGGGCUGGCGGAACGUCAAAUCCUUCCUGAGUUUUGGUUUAAUCUGCCUGUGCAACAUGUAUCUGUACGAACUCCGAAAUCUCUGGCAGCUGUUUUUUCAUGUGACAGUGGGAGCAUUUUCAACCUUGCAAAUACGCCUGAGACAGCCGCAAGGGAAGUCCCCUGAUUACAAUGUGUGAUGCACAUCCUGGGAUACCUCAAGGCGGUUUUGGCUCCAACUCAACUAUUUUUCCCUCUCAGGAAUGCAAAGCUUUUGUCCAAAAGAAGCCGUUUUCUGGAUUUUUUUUUUUAAAGCAACACAAGAUGCCUGUGGACAUUUGUGACUCUACAGUUAAACUUGUCCUUCAGGAAGAACUAAAAAUGCAAAAGAGUUCAGCACUUAUGGAGGAAAGAGGGUCCUACCCAUGCAAUUAAAAGUUUGAGGACAAAUAAAAGUUUGGAGAACUUGA